CUUCGUAAGUCCCUAACAAACUGCACUGGUCCUGGCUGGGGCUUAAGUGGUGUACGAUGGACCGGAUCACUGAAUGGAAAGGAACGGUCCUACAGUGAACGAGAAUCCAAAUGUUAUUUAGGCAAUGGCAGGUGGAAAGAUUACACAACCAGCCCUGAACAGGAGGCUGAGGAAAUGGAGGAUCUGUAUGAGGAACCUGUUUGAUUCAGAAGAGGGUUUUCAGCGGAAAAGACACACUCGUUCAUCCGCCCUCCUGUGUGACAACAACAAGCAGAACAAGGCUGGCAGCAGACAACAGGCAUCUAACUCAGUAGGCAACGCUAGCACGGAGGUUAGGAGCCCAGAACGACCCGGGGACCAAGCAACAGUCGUUAAAUCCACUGGAUCCAAGAGAACGCCGGCAAAGUUGACUAUUACGGUAUGCAGCCAGAUGGGAAGCCUGGGCAUCAGCAUUGCUGGAGGAAAGGGGUCGUCUCCAUAUAAAGCCAAUGAUGAAGGAAUCUUCAUUUCCAAAGUAUCCAGAGGAGGUCCUGCUGAUCUUGCGGGUGUGCAGGUUGGAGAUAUGAUGCUGGAGGUCAACGGAAUAAAUCUGCAAAACGUGACGCAUUAUGAAGCAGUGAGCGCCCUGAAGAAUGCUGGCACAGUGAUUAAGAUGGUUAUCUUGAGGGACAGGGCUGCGGCAACUGACAAUGUGGUUAGCUCUGACUCAGACACUGCUGACGCUGAUGGCAUGAGGGUCGCCCAUCACAGUGAGUGCUGCAGCCGUGUAAACCAUCAGGCCGCCAGCAGGGACGAACCUGGAUCAGGGGAAAAGAAGCCAACCACCUGCAAUGGAAACAGCACGGUUAGUAGGAUUCUCGGAAAUCUGAAUUGCACUGAAUAA